AUCGCAUUGAGAAGUUGGCGCGAUGACGGACCGGAGGGUGUCGUACUUCUACAAUGCGGACGUGGGCAACUUCCACUAUGGAGCCGGGCAUCCGAUGAAGCCGCAGCGCCUGGCGGUCACUCACAGCCUGGUGAUGAACUACGGACUGCACAAAAAAAUGAAGAUCUACAGGCCGUACAAGGCCAGUGCGCAGGACAUGCUCCGCUUCCACAGCGACGAGUACAUCGCCUACUUACAGCAGGUGACUCCACAAAACAUUCAGUGCAAUUCCGUGGCCUAUACGAAGUAUCUGGCUCACUUCAGCGUAGGCGAGGACUGUCCCGUAUUCGAUGGCCUCUUUGACUUCUGUGCAAUGUACACGGGUGCCUCGCUGGAGGGAGCCCAGAAGCUGAACCACAACCAUAGCGACAUAUGCAUAAACUGGUCGGGCGGACUGCAUCACGCCAAGAAGUUCGAGGCAAGCGGAUUCUGCUACGUGAAUGACAUCGUCAUCGGCAUUCUGGAGCUGCUAAAGUACCAUCCUCGGGUGCUCUACAUCGACAUCGAUGUGCACCACGGCGACGGGGUGCAGGAGGCCUUCUACCUUACGGACCGAGUGAUGACGGCUUCGUUCCACAAAUACGGAAACUACUUCUUUCCCGGCACGGGAGACAUGUACGAGAUCGGCGCCGAAUCGGGACGAUACUACAGCGUUAAUGUGCCGCUAAAGGAGGGCAUUGAUGAUCAGAGCUAUUUCCAGGUGUUCAAACCCAUCAUUUCGGCCAUUAUGGACUUCUACCGGCCAACAGCUAUCGUUUUGCAAUGUGGCGCCGAUUCUCUGGCUGGAGAUCGACUGGGUUGCUUCUCCCUGAGCACCAAGGGACAUGGUGAGUGUGUCAAAUUUGUGAAGGAACUGAACGUACCCACAUUGGUGGUCGGAGGCGGUGGCUACACCUUACGGAACGUGGCCCGCUGCUGGACGCACGAGACCUCGCUGCUGGUGGACCAAGACAUUGAAAAUGACCUUCCCGCCACCGAGUAUUACGACUUCUUCGCCCCCGACUUUACACUCCAUCCAGAGAUUAACUCACGCCAAGAUAAUGCGAACUCAAAGCAAUAUCUGGAACUCAUUGUUAAGCAUGUGUACGAAAACCUUAAGAUGUGCCAGCACUCGCCCAGCGUCCAAAUGGUGCAGACCCCGCCUGAUGUGGACUUGGAAGAGCUGCGCAACAACCGGGAGGAGGCGAGUGAUCCCGACGUGCGAAUGUCCGUGGCCGAUGAGGACAAGCUGGUCGAUGCCAAGAACGAGUUCUACGACGGCGAUCAGGACCAAGACAAGCCCGAUUCGGCAGAAAGUUAGUAUUGGAUAAUGUAGAAUAAGGAUUCGAGUUUAGCGUAAGCAGUAAAGAGUAGCAGCUUAUUUUGUAACA